AUGGCAGUGAUUGAUUUAAAGGUUUUCGACGUGAUUCCGACGAGAUUGAACCUAUGGCUCAUGAUAUUUACGAGUUGCUGGGUGGUGUACAUGUUGCGAGUGAACAUGAGUUUAAAUCUUAUCGCCAUGGUGCCCUCACCGCCUAGAAACGUCUCAGUUAAAUCCCAGUGCGGUUCUUCGAAUGAUGCUUUAGUUAAUAAAAGCGUACAUAAUGCCGACAUUGCAGAUAUAAGAGAGGCCCCAAGACAGGUCUCUGGCGGUGUGUUCGAUUGGUCAGCGGAGCAACAGGCCAUGAUCCUUGGCGCAUAUUUCUGGUGCUACCCCGUGACGUCGCUGGUGGGCGGCAUGGCUGCUGAGCGAUGGGGCCCCCGAUACGUUGUACUCAUCUCGUCCAUCGCUAGCGCUGUACUGACGGCCCUGGGGCCAGCUGCAGCUAGGCUGGACUACGUGGCGCUAAUCGUGACGCGUUUCUUCCUUGGUUUCGCCGGGGGCUUCAUAUAUCCAGCUCUUCACGUAUUAGUGGCCCGAUGGGCGCCUCCAGCCGAGAAGGGGAAGUUUGUAAGCGCUUUGAUGGGUGGCACACUAGGUACUGUGGUGACUUGGUCUUUAACUGGACCCCUCCUGGAGAAAUUUGGAUGGGCGACUGCGUUUUACGUGCCGGCCGCACUGACGCUAGUAUGGUGUGGUUUAUGGUGGUAUUUAGUUGCCGACACACCUACGGAGCACCCUAGGAUUUCGGAACAGGAGAGGAAAUACAUUUUAGACGCACUUGGAGACAGGGUCAAGAGUUCUAAGGGUUUCCCGCCAUUCAGAAGCAUCUUCACCUCGUUCCCGUUUUUGGCCAUGGCCGUUCUUCACUACGGAAACUUAUGGGGCCUAUACUUCAUAAUGACAGUCGGGCCGAAGUUCGUAUCAAGCGUUCUCGGUUUCGAACUGACCGCCGCUGGCAUCGUGUCUGCCCUGCCGUACCUCGCGAGAUUAUUCUCCGCCGCCAUAUUUGGGGCAGUUGGUGAUUGCAUACUGUCGAAAAAGCUAAUGAGUACGACGGCGAUAAGGAAAUUCUUCUGUUUGUUCUCGCACAUUCUGCCCGGUGUAUUGCUAAUACUCCUCGUGUACACUGGAUGUUCUACGGCCUUGUCCGUCACGAUGAUCACGAUGUCGAUGGGUUUCAACGGGGCCGCGACGCUGACCAAUCUACAGAAUCACCAAGACCUGGCACCAAAUUACGCAGGAACUUUGUACGGCAUCGCGAACUUUGUUGGGAGCACGGCAGGCUUCGUUACCCCUAUUAUAACGGCCUAUUUCACGCGAAACGGGAACAGUUUUGAUCAAUGGAGGCCAGUAUUUUUCGUAGGCGCAUCGGUUUAUAUCGUGUCGGCUGUCUUCUUCAUCCUAUUCGGAACUGGGAAUAUACAGCCGUGGAACUUUAUAGACGAUGACAAGGACAGUGAUAAAACUAAGAAGGGCGAACGCAAGGAGAUGAGCGAGAUAACAAUUAAAAAUGAAAGUUAUCGAGAUCGCAAAGACACCUCCUUGAGUGUCACUUCG